AUGCUGUCAGAAGGGUAUCUCAGUGGACUUGCCUACUGGAAUGAUAUCCAUUGGAGUUGUGCAUCAUAUAAUGAACAGGUGGCUGGAAACAGGGAAGAGGAGACAAAUUCUGUUGCUGCUCUUUCCUAUUCCUCUGUGGAUGAAACACAAGUCAGAAGUCUCUAUGUGAGCUGCAAAUCCUCCGACGAGUUUAUUUCUUCAGUGCAUUCAAGAGAGAGCCAACGUAGCACAAGUCAGAGAGUCACAGUGCUGCAGACAAACCCCAAUCCUGUGUUUGAAAGCCCAAACUUGGCUGCAGUUGAAAUAUGUAGAGACCCCAGCAGAGAGACAUACUUGGUUCCACCUUCCUGCAAAAGUAUUUGCAAGAAUUACAACGACCUACAUAUUGCUGGGGGCCAGGUGAUGGCCAUUAAUUCAGUGACUACAGAUUUUCCCCCUGAGAGCAGUUUUGAAUAUGGACCUUUGCUAAAGUCGUCUGAGAUUCCUUUGCCUAUGGAAGAUUCCAUUUCCACUCAGCCCAGCCACUUUCCCCAAAAACCUAUCCAGCGGUAUUCAUCCUACUGGAGAAUAACCAGCAUCAAAGAGAAAAGCAGCCUGCAAAUGCAGAAGCCUAUUUCUAAUGCAGUGUUGAAUGAGUACCUAGAGCAGAAGGUCGUGGAGUUAUAUAAACAGUACUUUAUGGACACCAUGUAUCAUGACAGUUCUCCUACCCAGAUUCUGGCGUCUGAACUCAUCAUGACCAGUGUGGACCAAAUCAGUCUUCAAGUGUCUAGAGAGAAGAACCUGGAGACCUCAAAAGCCAAGGAUAUAGUCAUUAGCCGCCUAUUACAGUUGGCGUCAACUGAAAUCAGCACUCCUAGUCUCCAUAUUUCUCAGUAUAGCAAUGUAAACCCAUAG